CUGGGCGGUCGCGGCUCCCCCUGGCGGCGGCCUUACGGCGCUGGAGGCGCGCAGUCAGGCGUUCUCCGCGGGCAGCCGGCGGCGGGGCCUUGCCUCAUAGCGCGGGGUCCUCGGCGGCCUAGUGUCUACUGCCCCUGCUGCUGUCGUAGGCGAGGACGGCUGCUAGUGCGGCUGCUGUUGGUUCGCGGCGGCGGCGGCGGCGGCGGCGGCGGCGGCGGAGGAAGAGGGCGAGGCGACAGGGGAAGAAGGAGGCAGGCGCGGCGGCGGCGGCUUCGCCCGGGGCCGGCAGCGGCGGCGACGGCGAGGGGGGGGGAAGAUGGCGGACGUGCUCAGCGUCCUGCGACAGUACAACAUCCAGAAGAAGGAGAUUGUGGUGAAGGGAGACGAAGUGAUCUUCGGCGAGUUCUCCUGGCCCAAGAAUGUGAAGACCAACUAUGUAGUUUGGGGGACUGGAAAGGAAGGCCAACCCAGAGAGUACUACACAUUGGAUUCUAUCUUGUUUCUACUUAAUAAUGUUCACCUUUCUCAUCCUGUUUAUGUCCGACGUGCUGCCACUGAAAAUAUUCCUGUGGUUAGAAGACCUGACCGAAAAGAUCUACUUGGAUAUCUCAACGGUGAAGCAUCAACGUCGGCAAGCAUAGACAGAAGUGCCCCUCUAGAAAUAGGUCUUCAGCGAUCUACCCAAGUCAAACGAGCUGCAGACGAAGUUUUAGCAGAAGCAAAGAAACCACGAAUUGAGGAUGAAGAGUGUGUGCGCCUUGAUAAAGAGAGAUUGGCUGCUCGUUUGGAGGGUCACAAAGAAGGGAUUGUACAGACUGAACAGAUUAGGUCUUUGUCUGAAGCUAUGUCAGUGGAAAAAAUUGCUGCAAUCAAAGCCAAAAUUAUGGCUAAGAAAAGAUCUACUAUCAAGACUGAUUUAGAUGAUGAUAUAACUGCCCUUAAACAGAGGAGUUUUGUGGAUGCUGAGGUAGAUGUGACACGAGAUAUUGUCAGCAGAGAGAGAGUAUGGAGGACACGAACAACUAUCUUACAGAGCACAGGAAAGAAUUUUUCCAAGAAUAUUUUUGCAAUUCUUCAGUCUGUAAAAGCCAGAGAAGAAGGACGUGCACCUGAACAGCGACCAGCCCCAAACGCAGCACCUGUGGAUCCCACAUUGCGUACCAAACAGCCUAUCCCAGCUGCCUACAACAGAUAUGACCAGGAAAGAUUCAAAGGAAAAGAAGAAACGGAAGGCUUCAAAAUUGACACUAUGGGUACCUACCAUGGUAUGACGCUGAAAUCUGUAACGGAGGGUGCGUCAGCCCGUAAGACUCAGACUCCUGCAGCACAGCCAGUACCAAGACCAGUUUCUCAAGCAAGACCUCCACCAAAUCAGAAGAAAGGAUCUCGAACACCUAUUAUCAUAAUUCCUGCAGCUACCACCUCUUUAAUAACCAUGCUUAAUGCAAAGGACCUUCUACAGGACUUGAAAUUUGUCCCAUCAGAUGAAAAGAAGAAACAAGGCUGCCAACGAGAAAAUGAAACUUUAAUACAGAGAAGAAAAGAUCAGAUGCAACCAGGGGGCACUGCAAUUAGUGUCACAGUUCCUUAUAGAGUAGUAGACCAGCCCCUUAAACUUAUGCCUCAAGACUGGGAUCGGGUGGUAGCAGUUUUUGUGCAGGGUCCUGCAUGGCAGUUCAAAGGCUGGCCAUGGCUUUUGCCUGAUGGAUCACCAGUUGACAUAUUUGCUAAAAUUAAAGCCUUCCAUCUCAAAUAUGAUGAAGUUCGUCUAGAUCCAAACGUUCAGAAAUGGGAUGUAACAGUAUUAGAACUCAGCUAUCACAAACGUCAUUUGGAUAGACCAGUUUUCUUACGGUUCUGGGAAACAUUGGAUAGGUACAUGGUAAAGCAUAAAUCCCACUUGAGAUUCUGAAUUUUACUUGGUUUCCCCUUUUCUGGAGAUCUGGAUUAAGAAGCAUGGAUAUGCCUUGACCUAAAGACUGAGACUCAAGCUUUAUGAAUUUAUCAAGAACUUAAAAAUGAAGAGGUCACAGAUUCAUCUUUUAUAAGACCUUAAUUCGAUGCUUUAUGCUUCAAAGGGAUGAUGCUUGUCAUCCAUAUAAGCAAACUUUUUGGCUUACAACUAUUUUUUUAAUAUUAGCCUUCUAGUCUGUAAUGGAAAUUGUAUAUUUUGAUAGAAGUUUUUUCUCCAUUGGUUAAAUUAGCAUUACUUAAAAUUUGUUUCUUUAGAAAAUAAAUACAGGUUAUAAAUGUGUGUAUAUUUAGAGGUUAUGAGGCUCUCUAAGCCAUCUUGCUUCUGAUUUUUCAUUGCUCUCUAAUUCUUUCAUUGAAAAUUCUAUGCUAUGAGUGGUAUUAAAUUUUAGUCUCUGGAACUUCCAAAACUAGCAAAGGGAUGUGACUAUUUUGAAUGAAUCAGAAUGUCAACCUAUAUGUAAACUAUUCCUAUACUUAUUCUUUAUUUAAAAAAGAAUAAUGAAAAAUCAAGAACAAUUCUUCAGCUUUGGUUGAACUGUUCAGCCUUUUCAAGACUUCUUUACUUAUAAUGAAUACAUUUAAUGAAUGUACAUUCUUCUCACUGACUUUGGUGAUUUUAAAACUUAGAAUGAUAUAUUUCUAUCUGUGCUAUCUUUCCACUUGAAAAAUCUCAAGAGACAGAUUAAAAGCCUGAUAGGCUGUAGUACUUUUUAUUUUGGGAGCCAGAGUAUGUUUGGGGGAAGAAAAUGUAUUAGUCCUACUACAAUGUAACUUUAACUUCCUUAUCUUUCUCAUAAGUUCACCUUUGAAUCUUACUUUAUAUGUGUGGUAUAGGUUUUGAGUCUUCUAUUUCUAGGCAUGUUGAUCUUGGAGUUCUUAUCUUCCAUUAUCCCUAAAUAUUGAUAACUCUCCCAGACACCAAAGAACACAUUUGCUUAAUUAAGUGUCUGAACAGAAACAAGAUGAAAACACUGGUAUUUUUAUGUGCGUAUUCAAUAUCGUAUAAAAUAUAAAACCUAUAUUUUAACUUAGUAAAAUAUUUUACUACUUCUCUAGAGUGUUGCAUCCAAGGUACAAUGAAUGAACAUUUUCCUUGAGUCUUGAUUUUGCCUUUUAUUACUUAAAAGGAACUGGAACCUCUACUCCCCUAAAGAGUUUUUGCCAUUAGAAUCGUUGCUGAUCAUUCAUCUUGUGUCAUUUUUUUCCCCCAUUUUUUCCUCCAGUGAUCUCUCUUAGGUUAACAUUUUUUUAGUAAACAUUUAGCUCCUUCUUAUGUUAUGCUGACAUUACCUAUCUUCAUUUUGGAAUUUAAUGCUGUCAUAAAAAUGAGAAGCACUUAUUAUUUAUUUUUAAAGUAAUCACAAAAGUCCAUACCAAUAGUGAAUAGAAAAAAGUAUUUAUUCAUAUGGAAUUCACUGUGUUCUUAAGAAAAGCAGUCAGCAUUUUAAAUUAUUAGAUUAUAGGAUAUUUAUAAGGCUUGAACAGAUUCUACCCCUUCCUUUCUGGGCAUCCUCUCUUCUUGAAAACGAAAGAACUCAAAUUUGUUCACUUUAGAAUUUCUCAUCAUACACUUUUCAGAAUAAAUUAAUGUAUAAACUUUCUCCAUGAUGAAAUCGUCAAGGACUAGAAUCUGUACUAUUUUACUGUAAGAUUACUUGUUAAGACUACUACAAGUGGACAAGAACUACCUUUCUAUAAAAAUUUUUAGUAUUUAUACUUAUGUCAUAUAUGAAAUUUACUUGAUACAGAGUGUGGUUAAAAUUGGGAACAUCUACUUUAAACAGGGUUUAUUUUUCUAUCUUGAAUUUGCCUUAUGUAUAUUCAAAGGCUUCUGGAAAUACUGUAAAGGAACAUUAGGAAAAGUACAAAUAUGCUAUGCUAUAUGUAUUUUAAAAUCAAACCCUUAGUAUGUACUUUUUCUUUUUUCAGCAGUUCAGUCCCUUAUUUAGGUCCAUGUAAUUAAUGUAAUAGUCAUUAAUUCCAAAAGCAAUUUUUUUCAGCCAAUCAUUAUUCGUUAUGACUCCAAGUCAUACAGCAGCACCUAUCACUGUGCCUUGCACAGAGUAGCCAUUCAGUAAAUAUUUAUAUGCAUGAAUUAA